UGCAUUUCCCUACAUUCACUGACCCCAAUCCCGCAUACAAUUAAUAGCCGGCCAUGCCGGACAAACCACCUGAGUCUCCCACAGACCCGCCCGGGCCUAAGGAUGCGCGAAUCCCAGAAGCAGAAGCCUUGGACAUCUGGGGACCUAUCGUAAAAGUCAUUGUGGGCGACUCCGACCAAAUUUUCUACUUUCACCAGGGUCUGCUAUCCUCCAGCUCUUCUUUCUUCCGCGCCGCUAUGAAACCCGAAUGGGAUGAGCGCCGCGCAGAAACUAACACGAUCGACCUACGAGACACGGACCCGGCCAUCUUCAGGCUCUAUGCGCACUGGGCGUAUUUUGGAACAAUCCCCAUGCCGACAGAGGCUAAUGCGAGUGAUACCUUUGUUCAGCUAGCCCAUGCUUACGUACUCGGCGAGAAACUUAUGAGUACGAAGUUUAAGAACACAAUUUUGGAUACGUUUAUCACGUCGUCGAUGAAAUUCGGCUUCUAUCCGAUUGGGGAACCAGUAGCGGUCAUGUAUGAAGGUACUGCAGAGAAUUCAGCUGGGAGACGCUUGCUGGUAGAGUUUUGUGCGUAUGUUGCGCACGGGAAAGAGGAUUCGUGGAUGCUGGAGUUUGAGAAUUGUCCGAAGGAAUUUUUAGUCGAUGUUAUGAAGGUCAUGGUUAAAGUGAGGCCAGCGCCGACUGAAAAUCCAUGGCCGUGGCUUGAGGAAAGUACGCAAUAUCAUGAGAAAGAUUCUGUCUAAGGGAUGGGUUUGCACGUACUAUCUCUGGAGGGCGGGGUGCGGGGGAUUCUAGCAAGGGUGAGUGGUGAGUUAGACCUAUUGUCAGGGCGGAGUACAUGAUUUACAUUAGAUUUCUGUCAUACCUUGCAGGGUCUCACCCCAAUAUACGUCUUAAUAUAGACAACUUC